AUGGAGGCAUCGCAGGGACGUGAUGUGGAGCACAAUGAUCUUCAAUCUUUCUUAGAGAAAUGCAACUUUAAUGAAACGUUGAUUCCAGGACCUGCUGGAAAUGUACAAGCCGCAAUGCUUAACAGGCUGACAGAUGAACCCCAAAGCACCCAGGAGUUUGUUAACAAAAUAGCAAAGGCAACAUAUGAAAGAGAUUUUAAUUCAAAUCCCUGGAUUUGGGUAGAAACUUUCAUUAAACACCACGGACUUGUAGAACAUGGCAAUAUGGAGAAUGUGACAAAGCUUGAAUGCGGAAAGUCAAUGCUUCGUCUCCCAUUUGUGGCAUGCAUUGUUAAACAGUGUAACCCAAAUGGAUUGGGUGACAUGAAAAUAUCCGUUAAGGACCCUAGUGUGACAGUGUCUGCUUCUAUGCACAAAAAAGUCCUAUUGCAUCCCGAGUUUGCUCCGGAUAUAGGAGUUGGUGUUGUCUUGUUAUUGCAACGUGUUGCUUCAUUCAGUCCUAAUCGAAGAACUUACUAUUUGAACAUAACUGUACGCAACGUCGUAAAGGUGUUCAAAGCAGACAUAGGACCUCCGACUGAAGAACUAGUGAGGGCUUCCUCCAAACCUCACGUUGCAUGCGAUCCAUGUGGCGAAUCCAACAAGGAAAAGCAAGAUGUUGGUCCAUCAGAAAUGCCAACUACAUCUGCCUUCAAUAAUGCAGACACAACCCCAAUGGAAGAUUAAUG